AUGGCGACCUCUUCGGCAGAAGCCCGAUACGGUUGUUUGCCCAGCUCCCCUGCUAUAAAAGCAGGGGGCUGGGUUGAUAGAGGUUACUCCGAAGGGGUCUCGACCAGCGGAAAUGAGACCAAACAGCUCGAUGAGCUUUACAAUGCUGCAGACCUGAUCAGCGGAGGAAUUGAGCUCAUCAGGGAGAGCAGAGACGCACUCCAGAUCUUGGUGGACAAGCUGGAUAAGCAGUUCGACGACCUAAACGUAAAAGGUAAUCGUAAAGAACUGUUAGCUGAAAUCGAAGAAAUCGACAAAGACACGCAAUACAGCGGAAAAAUCGCGGCUGCUAACGACACAAUGUACGUGCUAAAAGCGCGAUUGAACGAAACUCGCACAAAAGCGAAGAGACUUGCAAAGAAGCUGGAUAUGCCAGUACAUACCGAAACGGUAUCGACAUCUAGCGAUGCAGCAAUGAAAGGUGAAAUCAACGGAGAAGAUGGAGAGUUCUCCGCCAAUGCAGGGGCAUGGUUAUCCGAAGACCUAUUGAUAAAUAGCGUCGUAGAGUCAGAAGACAUGAUGUAUCGAACUCUGAAACCAAAACAGCUCAAAAUACCGAGAUUUUAUGGCGACGAAGAGGAAUUCGCCGAAUAUUGGGCCAUUUUUAGCACCUUGGACAGCCUCAAGGGAAGGGCGGUAAUUGCCGUGAAAGGAAUAGAAAUGGUACCAAAAAAUUACCAGUGGAUUAUAGAAACACUGAAGAAAAAAUACAGCAACAGGCCUGUAAAUAGAGCCAGAGUCGUGCAAAAAUUGGUCGACAUGCGACCAGCAACAAAUACUGCUGAAAGCUGCUCAGACACACAUGACAAAAUACGCAUGUUGAUAAACCAACUGGUCUCUGCCGGGCAAGACAUCCGCAAGAUGCAAGAUGCUCUCUGGACCGAGAAAAUUCUGGAAAAAUUUCCAUACAUCAUAGUGAAGAACGUGCUCACGUCAACGCAAGAACUGUAA